AGAUAACAAACUCACCCCGCACAAUAAAAAAAAAGGUUCCAUCCUUUUGUGAAAGUCAGCAGAAAAAGAACAACAAGUGAACCGAGUGCGAGACUCAGUGCUUCAGUGCCCUAUUUUCCAUUGCUGUUUCUUUCAGGAGCCAUAAAGGCUUUUAUGGAAAUGGCAAUUGUUAUUGCUAUCCAUCAGGAGGAAUCAGGCAUGGAUUCGACAGAUGUUCGGAUCAAGAAGAAUGAUAAAAUCUUCUUCAGUUGGCAUCGAGUGCCUUUCGUUAACGGAUGAUCCGUUGGGCCUGAAAUUUUGGCGGUUGACUUUGGUGAGUAUUGUUAACUUAGCCUAUUUUUUUCAAAUUUUUCUGAUGGUAACUUUUUGUUUUUUGUCUCGGACUCGGACGCGUCGUUAACGACUUCCUGUCUCCAGGAGUCGACAAAAGUUAAUGGGUCUCCUGGAGUUGGUGGCCUCAAACAUUGUUUCGCGAAUCGUUUGUUUGCUAAGUGGCUUCAUGCUGUUAGGGAUCUUCAAGUUUGUCAAGGAGAGAUUCUUCCAAGUGAAAAAUGGCGUUUCUGAGGAUUGUGACGUUGCUGCUGUGGUUGCUGGUCGGUGCGGGUGCAGAUUGUGGACCAGACGACGGGGUCUUCAAGUGUCGGGACGUUUGCGGAGAGGAGGUGCGGGACGCCGGCGGCUACGGACGUCGGGUGACAUUCAUCGGGUCGACGCUGUUUUUGGACUGCGUUCGUCAGGCGGAUCUCAAGGAGGUGAAGCUGAUGUUGCCAACGGUCUGCGUUGGGCGUUGAGUCGACGUGGACAGUGUCGUGACGCCUUGGAGGUGGUGCGAGGAAGUCGUGCCCCCCGAACCAGAGAUCUCGACGGCGGCAGUUCCGCAGGUGAUGAGCCUCGCCCGGUGGCGCCGACGGCCAACCUGGCGGUUGUCCACGUGCCGGCGAGCAAAACGCCGUUUGUGGCUCGGGCGCCGCCUUCAACGCAGCAAAGCGUCGUGGUGGCCCAAGAGGUGCCACACGUCAUCAAAGCACCGUCGUCGACGCUGGAGGUGACGGUCAACAUCAAACAUGGUGUUGCACAUGUCGAGGCAGACGUGGACCCUUGGACGGCCAUGGUCCUAGUUUUUAUGGGCCUUGGAGGUGCUGGGGCUACGUCUCUGGCUGUCUUCCUGGUUUGGCUAGUCAAGUUCAUCAGGAACAAGUCAUCGUACAUGAGAGAACUGGUGCGGAUGCUGACGCCGGCGGAUCAGCAGGAUCCGGAAGAC